GUCUAAAUUUCAGACGGAGAUCGAUGUGGCGAAUUCAAGGAGGAGAGGGGCUUCAGAGACUAGAAAACGCGAGUCCUCCCAGACACAAACUCAUUUCUUACUGUCUGUCAAUCCUAUAAUGACUGACACUGCUGUCAGAAAGCGCCAUACUGGCCCAGCACAGUCGAAGAAACCUGUAGCGGUAAAAGAGGAGGAAGACCUCAAAAAGGCUAGCCAGCACGCUCAGAGCAUCAAAGGAGUCAGAUUGGGCGAUUCCCGCGACAAGAUAUCAUUGCUUGUUUUUACCGCACUAGCCUUGCUUAUGCGUUGGAUCUACAUAGGAUUUCCCUCGGAAGUUGUCUUUGAUGAGGUACAUUUCGGAAAGUUCCUUGGUCAUUAUCUCAAGCAUGCGUACUUCUUUGAUGUCCAUCCACCGCUGGCCAAACUCACUUUGACAGCUGCUGGUAAAUUGAUCGGUUAUGACGGGCAUUUUGAUUUUGCCAGUAUUGGCGACAACUACAUCGAGAACAGAGUUCCACACGUCUUUCUUCGUUCAGUACCGGCUACUUUUGGCGCGCUUUGCGUUCCUAUUGUCUACCUCAUUAUGAGAGACUCUGGUUACAAUUAUCUUACCUGUCUGUUCACAACCACUAUGUAUCUUUUCGAUAAUGCUCUUGUUGGCCAGUCCAGAUUGAUUCUUCUAGACAGCCAGUUGAUCUUUUACAUGCUCUGCACCAUAUACAGCUAUGUCCGUUUCUCUAAAGCCAGGCACCAAGAGUUUUCUGCCGAAUGGUACACGUGGCUAUUGGCGACAGGUGUUUCAAUGGCUAUGACACUUAGUGUUAAAAUGGUUGGUCUCUUCAUAGUAGCCGCCGUUGGCUUGGCGACUAUUUCCGAUCUUUGGAGUUUGAUGGAUGUUCGACGCGGUUUGGAACUGACCCAUGUUGCGAAACAUUUUUAUGCUCGUGCGGUUGCCCUGAUCAUUGUCCCUACCUUUGUUUACCUGUUUUGGUUUUGGAUACAUUUCAGUAUUCUGGAUACUUCCGGCCCUGGAGAUAACUUCAUGUCCGCGGCAUUCCAGGCGACUCUCAAAGGCAACCCGUUGACAGAACAGGCCAUCAAGGUCUAUUACAACGAUAGUAUCACUAUUCAACAUCGUGACACUGAGAAUUUCCUCUUUUCUUGGGAUAAAACCUAUCCGCUACGAUAUGACGAUGGUAGAAUCAGUAGCAAAGGUCAUCAAGUUUCAGCUAACAGUGAUCCGAAUGAUGAGGGCAACAUUUGGCAAGUUUUGCAAACUGGAGACGAUAUUUCUGGCCAAUUAACACCUGUUCGCCAUGGUGAUAUCAUUCAGCUCCGUCACGUCAAGACUGACAGAUUGCUAAUGACACAUGAUGUUGCCAGCCCGUUGCUUCCUACCAACACGGAAUUUACCACUGCCGAGGAGGGUGACGAGGAAAAGUACGAAGAUACCCUUUUCGAACUUCGGUUCGAUGUUCUUGAUUUAGGUCGACAGUUGCAAUCUCAAAUGAUUCAUUUUCAAUUGAUUCAUGUACCAACUGGCGUCAGCAUGUUCUCGCAAACCAAAAAAUGGCCAGAGUGGGGUGUCUUUAAACAUGAUGUCAACGGCAAUAAGAAGAUUAUCGAUCGUGCAAACCGAUGGAUCGUGAAAGAUGUCAUUGGAAGAGAACCCGGUGAAGACAAGGAUGAAGAGGGAACUAAAGUUGACUCCAUGAGUUUCUUACACAAGUUCCUUGAGCUACAAAGCAAAAUGCUUUCUGAGAACAACAAGCUUGUCGCCGAGCAUCCCUACAUGUCCACACCCAUCUCUUGGCUCGUCCCAACCAAAGGAAUUUCAUACUGGCAUAACCCAGUUUCAAAAGGACAGAUCUAUUUAGCAGGAAACGUAGUUGGAUGGGUGCUGGGUCUUGCUAGUAUUGCAAUUUACUGUGGUAUCGGUCUCGCUGAUAUUGUAGCUCAAAGGAGAGGUUUCGACCUUAUUGACGAACCUGUUCGAAGACGAUUUCAAUACUCUGGAGGCUUCCUCGCCUUGUUGUAUGCCCUUCAUUAUCUACCGUUUUAUGUGAUGGGCCGUGCUCUUUUCCUUCACCACUACUUACCAGCAGUCACUGUCUUGUACAUGUUGAUGGGAGCAGUUUUUGAGUUCAUGUUUAUUGAAGGUACCACCUCACCAGCAUCCAACCUUGUUCGCAACGAAAGCGAAAUGAAGAACCACAGACCCAAGGUCGCUGCUAACAUCUCUACCAUGAGAUCUAUGCUUACCAAGACCAGCUACAUCGCUGCUGCCAUCAUUGUCAUCGCUCAGAUUGGCUUUUUCAUGUGGAUGGUACCUUUGACUUACGGUACCAACAUGGGUAGUGAGAUGGUUAAGCUGCACCAAAUUUUCGGUUGGGAAUUGCAUUUUGCAAAAUAAAAUGCAGCAUUAUCCGAAGCCAAAGUUUAUCCUUCUAGCAAUUCCAUUUUUCUUCUCUCCAUUGUCUCAAAUUAAAAAUAAAAAGUGAAGCAGGGUAUCAGUGUUCAUAAGGAAUCGAUAAAGGCAAGAUAUACACAUCAUGAUGGCAGACUGACCCCUGAAA